GGUCUUACUUUGAAGAGAAAAAAAAGUAGAACAAUUUUAGAAAAAAAGCUUAAAGGUUAGAGAAAAUUUUAUAAAUCAUAGCCCAUCUCUCUCUCUCUCUUCCCUCAAUUGAGAUCGUUUUCGAAAUUCCAUAAGUGAUCCAGGAUUUAUCUUCUUCUGCAUUUUUAUCAUCGAUUUUCUUGGUGAUGUUCCUGUCUAUCAGCUUUCAAGAAAACCCCUUUGAGAAAUUUCAAGAUUUGGUUGAUUAAAGUUUAAGUUACCUGUAAAAAUAAUCUUGUGUGUUUUUCUUUUUUGGGAAAUUGGAAUAAUUUAGGGGAGCUUUCUGAAAUUGGUUUGAAAAGCAUGUGCUUUGCUGGGAAUCAUUGAUAACAAUUCCAAUUUUAGUCAUUAAUCAGAAACAUUUGACUCUGAAAUUGAUUAGGGUUUGGUGAUUUAGUGUUGGGUUAGUUUUUUGUUCAAGUGAUGUUUAAACAGAUACUUAAUCGGCUUCCGGAAAAGCCACAUAAGUCGAAAGAUCAUCGAGAUGGAGGAAACCCUAAGUCAUCCUCACAUACAUCCACCAGUUCGAAAACCAACAAUGACGUACCGAUCACUCGAUCUAGUACCACAAAACCCACAUCAACGGUUCAAAAUCACACCAACAAUAAGCUUCCACAGUCUCAUUAUCUAAAACCGAUCCGAAACGCAACAAUUUCCAACACGUAUGAAGCCUUACCUAGUUUAAAAGACGUUCCCAAUUCCGAAAAACAGAAUCUGUUCAUCCGAAAGUUGACUUUAUGCUCCGUGGUGUUUGACUUCACGGACCCCACAAAGAAUUUGAAAGAGAAAGAGGUCAAACGACAGACGUUGAUAGAACUCGUUGAUUAUGUCAGUUCCGCAAAUGGGAAGUGUCAAGAAACGGUUAUGAAAGAAAUCGUGAAAAUGGUGUCGGUGAAUAUCUUUCGUAGGCUUACUCCACAACCUCGCGAUAACAAGGUUUUAGAAACGUUUGACGGUGAAGAAGAAGAGCCGUCGAUGGAUCCCGCAUGGCCUCAUUUGCAUCUCGUCUAUGAAUUCAUUCUAAGAUUCGUAGCAUCACCGGAAACCGAUCCGAAAAUCGCUAAACGUUAUAUCGAUCAAGCGUUUGUGUUAAAAUGGCUAGACUUAUUCGACUCAGAGGAUCCGCGAGAACGCGAAUAUUUAAAAUUUGUUCUUCAUCGGAUGUAUGGAAAGUUCAUGGUGCACCGCCCGUUUAUCCGGAAAGCAAUCAACAACAUAUUUUUCCGUUUUGUUUUCGAGACCGAAAAACAUAACGGGAUUGCUGAGUUGUUAGAAAUAUUGGGAAGUAUUAUUAACGGGUUCGCGUUACCGUUGAAAGAAGAACAUAAGUUGUUUCUUGUGAGGGCGUUAAUACCACUUCAUAAGCCGAAAUGUAUACCGAUGUAUCACCAACAAAUAUCGUACUGUAUUACGCAGUUUGUGGAAAAGGAUUGCAAACUUGCGGAUACGGUUAUUAGGGGUUUGUUGAAGUAUUGGCCGAUUACGAAUUGUUCAAAAGAGGUUUUGUUUCUAAGUGAGCUUGAAGAAGUUUUGGAAGCGACUCAGCCUCCGGAGUUUCAACGAUGUAUGGUGCCUCUGUUUCGCCAAAUUGCUCGGUGUUUGAGAAGCUCACACUUUCAGGUAGCUGAGAGGGCAUUAUUCCUAUGGAACAACGAUCACACCAACAGCUUAAUAAAACAAAACCGUAAAGUAAUACUGCCAAUCAUAUUUCCAGCACUAGAAAGAAACACAAAGACCCAUUGGAACCAAGCUGUACAAAGUUUGACUCUAAAUGUCAGAAAAAUCUUUUCCGACGUUGACCCUCAACUCUUCGAAGAAUGCUCUAGAAAGUUCAAAGAAGGCGAGUCUAAAAAGGAAGAAAUCAAGUCAAAACGAGAAGCUACAUGGAAACGACUUGAAGAUAUGGCGGCUCAGCGGUCUGGUGGUGGUCAUGACCCAAUUGUCAUGUCACAGAAGGUAAUCGCGAGCCAUGUUUCGUCAUCCUGCUAGAACACGCGUGACUGUUUUGAAAAUCCAUCGUCGGGUUUUUGUUGCUCGUGUAGGUAGGUGGUUAUGAGACACCUGAUGAUGGAAGCAAAUUUGUUGUUCUGGUUAAGGAAAUGGUGGUUAUGUGUAUAUACAAGUUGACCCAUUUUGAAAUUGGUUGUCUUUAGAUGAUUUGUGAUUUUGCCAUGCUAUUUUUGUUGGAUAAUUAAUUUGUAUUAAAUUUUUUCUUCUUAUCUUA